AUUGCAGCCGAAAAAUAACACACCUAAGAUACUUAAUCCAUUGGCAACAUUUUACGCAUAACGCACGAUUCAGAGGCCUUUAACUAAACUUUAAAAGUCUUUCUGCCUUUAAGUUUGGACUCAUUAGACAUGGCUGCUGGGUUGAACUUUGAGACCUACUAGAUAGUAGUCGUUUUGGAGCAGCUGCACCUUAUUUCAUCACAGGUCAAAAUACAACAGGACACUCCUUUCAGUCAUCGGUGGGGCGGCAGUGGAGAGGACACUGGCCUCGAACAUGCUUUGUUUCAUUUCUGAGCGACUUUAACCGGGAAUAUUUCUAUCUGGACUUUUUUUUUUCCAAAAGAGGUCAAACAAGUUGUGAAGAAUGAGGCCGCCGGUUGAGGUCUGCGUGUUUCUCCUUUCUCUCCUCGCUCCUGCAGUUUUGUAUGCCAUGAACAACAUCCCUGCACUCCAGGAACCUCUGCCCAUCCUGGGAAUGGGAAUGGCUGUGCUGGGAUCUGUUCUUCUCCUCCUCCUCCUCACUGUGCAGCACAAAGUGAAAGUGGACCCUUUAUUCUAUGUGUUUGCAGAGUUUUCCUUCACCUGCAUGGUGGGCCUGACGAAUGCUUUGGAGCAGGAUGGGUUCAUCUCUGGCUUCAUGGGCUUCUACUUGAAGAAGGGUGAGCCUCACCUGAGUACUGCCUAUGCUGUGAUGAUGUCUUACUGGGAAAGUGUCGUCCACUUUGUCCUCUUCCUCACUAUGAUCCAUCGCAUGUUCAAAGGGAAGUCCUAUCGCAGCCUGGCGCUGCUGUGGGCGGGGUCCUCCAUCGCCCAUCAAAUUGUUCACAUCCCGGGAGUGGUCAUCGGUAAAUAUGGGUCUAACAUUCGACCAGCCUUUUGGAGGAACACACCUUUCUUUUUGGUGCCUUUCUGGGCAGCCUCUGUACUGUUAAGCAGACCCAGAGAGAUGCCAGUCGUCACAGCAGACAAGAUUGCAGUGGAGCAGAAGAAGAGUCUGCUGUCUCGACCUCUUGACCUGCUUCUCUCACUUCUGUUACUGGGAGCAAUGGCCUUUUCUGUUUUCAGAGGCUUUGUGGUACUGGACUGUCCUCUGGACGUCUGUUUCACCUACAUCUAUCAGUAUGAGCCCUAUCUCAAAGAUCCAGUCGGCUUCCCGCGAGUUACGAUGCUGGUGUAUUUCUUCUACGCUCUGCCCCUGCUGACUGUCUUCAUCUACGGUCUGAAAACACCUGGCUGCAGCUGGAUGCUGGACUGGACCCUCUUCUUUGCCGGAGCCAUGGCCCAGACCCAGUGGUGCCAUAUCGGAGCAUCUCUGCACUCCCGCACUCCCUUCACGUACCGAGUCCCAGCAGACAAAUGGUGGCCUGUUAUUUCCCUCAAUGUGCUGCUUGCUGCUGCGCCUUCUCUGCUGGCCCUGCGCUGCCACACUAACCCUGCUUAUUUUAUGAAACCUGUUCCCAAGGGACAGACCAACAACGAGAAGAAGAAAAACUAGACCACACACACCAGAGGAAUACUUCAUACUGUGACAAGGCUAAUGUCGUCUGGAGACUCUGCUCACAUUAAACAGACAUUUUUUUUCAACCCAAAACCCAGAGGAAAUCUAAGAUGUUGCUCUCUUCGUUAACCGGUCAAAAUCAGUCACCUUGUGCAGCACUUCCUGCAUGGACUAUUGGACCCUGAUAAGAAAGCUGUUGAUGGAGGUGAGGACUGUAAUCAGCUCGAACAGCUUUCCGGUGACUCAUACAGACACCCAAUCGGUAUCUUCACAAAUUAAGACUAUUAACCUGGAUCAUAACCAGCAAUACACUGUUGGAGAGUAACAGCAUUAUCAGUCAUUAUUACACAUUUAAUCUCUCUGUGGGAACGUUUUGCAGACAUCUCCGGCUUCAUGUCUAUUUUUCACUGAUCGUUAAAAUGACAGGGUCAGUGGAAACUAUCACAGCUUUCAUCCUUUAAAAACUGUGACUAUAAGAAGUGUUCACAGGAUUCACUGAGAGCUUGAAAUGCUGAAUAACUUCAAAGCUUGUGAUAAGGGAGAUAAAGGCAGGUGUUACUCAAGUGGAGAAUAUGAUGAAGGAAAAAGUCCAUUUGGUGAAAGAUAUCAACUUACAUUGUGUAAUGUCUACAUGUUGUGACAAGGGCUGCAACUAAUGAAUUCUUUCAAUUUUAAUGUCUUCAGAUUGUUUGUUUUGUCCAACCAACAGUCCAAAACUCAAAGUGAUUCAAUUUACAAUUAUAUAAAACGGAGGAAAGAAGGAAAUAUUCACAAUGGAGAAGGUGAAACUGAAGAAUAUUCUGUGUUUUUGCUUGACGAAUGACUUAACGAUUAAUUGAUUAGAGAGAUAUUUCUGUAGCUCUAGUUGUGACUGCUCUCAGGGAGGUUUUUAUGUUCCACAUUUAUUUUGUACAAUAAAAACAAAUGGAGCACUGAAA